UCAAGGAACAAGCCAUGGUAAGAGCACAAGCAAGUGAGACUUGUGGCGACAAGGGCUUUGUGGAUAACAUAAUGGUAGAUGACACGGUCGAAAGCACUGCAGCUCCUACCAGCCUUCCACGAGCUGAGGAGGAGUGUGGCACCCUCCAGUAUCACAGCCAUCGCCUGCACGGCUUGGAGCAAUUCUCCAUCUGAUUGUAGCACUCAAAGUCGCAUCUUGGAUCGUGGGUAUUUUGGGUUUUCCGGUUUUUGUUUUGUUUUGUUUGGUUUUUUUGUUUUUUUUUUUGUUCAUUUUGAGGCUGUAUUCGCUGCCAUGGUAUCUGCUGCAGCUGUCCUUGGAGUCAUGGCUUCUGCGUCUGCCUCGUCCCUUCUUCUCCCCAAUAGGUGCCCCUGGCGAGGCCGCAAUGGGAGCGUCAGAGUUGCUCGCUGGGCGUCACUGCCUGGAUUGAAUCUGGUGAAGGCUGCGUCGUCUCGAAGGAGGAGUGUUGUUGCUGCUGCUGCGGACGACCUUGAGCAGAAGCAGACCGAGCAGCAAGAGCAGCAAAUUUUGCAGGAUGCCUUACAGGAUACUAUGUCGAAUCUUGGGGCCAAGGGGGCUGAGACUAAGAGUAUUCUCAAGUCCCGGGAAGGAUUGGAGGAGACAUUUGCCGUACUCAACACCGGCGCAUACGCGUGCCGAUCGUGUGGACAUGUAUACGAGGAAGCGAAGGGAGACUCAUCAUACCCUGUGGCUGCAGGCACACUAUUCCGUGAUCUUCCGGAAGAUUGGCUCUGUCCCACAUGCGGUGCUGCCAAAGGCUACUUCCAACCUAAGAGUGUAGAGGUGGCUGGUUUCGCUCAAAAUCAACAAUUCGGGUUGGGCGGGAACACCUUGACGUCGGGACAGAAAAGUCUCUUGAUCUACGGCUCCCUGCUAUUUUUCUUUGCCCUCUUUCUUUCUGGAUAUUUCUUGCAGUAGCCGUAGCUUGUGCACGUUCUCGCAGGGACGAUGCUUUGGGUCAAUGGACAUCUACAUGGAGUGGGGUAUUGGCCUUUGUACAAUGCAGGGUUUGAGAUCUUGCCAAAAACGAUAGAUUUGUAGCUUAUAUUUUGUCAUUUGUAAAUUGAAUUGAGGUUGCCUGUGCAUCCCCCCCCCCCACACACACACCAGUAAUAAGAGAGUUUGUGUUAUUGAAGCUUCUAAUUUGAUAAUGUAAAGGCUUUUGGAUUAUGAGUACAA